AUGGAAGAGACCCAAGCUGAGUCUACUGGCAAGUCAAGAAACACAAUUGAGAAUGUCAGUCUAUGGAUAGAGCAGUUCUUCAACUACAAAUGCUACAUCACCCUCCUGACUGGCUGCUACAGUUGCCAGUGGCAAUACGGAGAGUGGGAAAAGCCUGAACUUGGAUCCUGUUGCUGCUCCCGGAAAGAGCAAUUUUUCUUUUUGUGCCUGGUAAUUGCAUUCAUCUUGUCUGUGCUUUUUCUGUUCGUCUGGGUAGAAACCUCCAAUGAAUACAACAGCUUUGACUGGGUUGUUUUUCUAGGGACAGGACGCUGGUUCUUUUGGUCCAUUUUGGUGCUGUGUGCAGGUGGGAUCCUGACUGUCUACACUUCCUUGCUUUUGUUGUUUGGGUUUCUGUUGCUCUGGGAAAGGAUUGAACUAACCCUGCAUACGUCGCACAAGGUCUUCAUUUUUCUAGUCAUCAUCCUGUGCUCCUUCUUACUUGGUGUUUUAAGCCAAUUCUGGAGGGACAAGUGGCUGAUAGCUGGGCUGUCACUGCAGAUCUUUGCUCCCUUCGUGCACCUGAGCCUCAUAACUGUGAUGGUUAUAAUUUCCUGGCCUCUAGCCAUCUGCGUGGCCCACUUGGAAACAGAAGUUAAAAGAAGAUACAUGAUGGACGAUUAUGAGCACGAAAUACUGGAGAAAUGUAAUGUAUUCCAAAGGUUAAGAGCUCUACAAAUAACUGCUGGACUGUCCUUCCUGAUCAUUCUUUUAUGUCUUUAUUUGAUGCCGCUGGGGAUUUAUUCCCCCUGUGUUCUGAAGAAGGAGAAUUUAGGGCCUAAGCCUGCCCUCUUUGGACAUAGAGGCGCACCCAUGUUGGCGCCAGAGAAUACCAUGAUGUCCUUUGAGAAGGCUGUUGAAUUUGGUGUUUCUGGUCUGGAGACAGAUAUAUACCUAAGCGUUGAUCAUGUGCCUUUCCUCAUGCAUGACUAUGACCUGACUAGGACAACCAAUAUCAUGGAGGUCCUACCAUCAGCUGCUAGUAACCACUCUUCCAACUUCAAUUGGACGUUCCUAUCAUCUCUGAAUGCUGGCCAAUGGUUCUUAAAGCAUAAGCCAUUUUUUGGCAUGAAACCUUUAUCAGAGGCUGAUCAAAAAAGAGCAGGCAACCAAUCAAUUCCACAGCUGAGUGAGUUAUUGGAACUUGCAAAAAGGGAAGAGAAGAUUGUGCUAUUUGACCUUUUUGGCCCUCCACCAGGACAUCCUCUGAGAAACACUUUUGUCCGAAGAGUAGUAAGGGUCAUCCUCGACUCUAAAAUUGAGCAGCGUCUGAUAUUUUGGCUGCCGGGUUUUGAUAGAGAAUAUGUCAAGUACAUGGCUCCUGGUUUUCGGCAUGUGGGCCGUUUAUGGUCCAUUAAGGAGCUCACACAAAAGAAUAUUAGUAUAAUAAAUGUCGACUAUAAGAGACUGUUCUACUCUGGGUUGAGAGAAUAUAAAAAAGCUAAAAUCUACAUCAAUGUGUAUGUCAUCAAUGAGCCUUGGCUCUUCUCGCUGGCCUGGUGUUCUAAUGUCAACUCUGUGACCACAGACAACACUGAGCUCCUGAAUCAGCUUAGCCACCCUCUCUUCUUCAUGACACCAGGCUACUACUUGCUCAUGUGGCUUUUCCUGGAUAUUGCUUCUGCGAUUAUCAUCGGCGUUAUAUUCUGUUAUCACUGGGUAAAAGAGCUGAGAAGAGAAAGGUGGCUUGAAACUACUGCAUCUGCAGAUCACCUAACGGACAUAACAGAAAAUACAGAUAUCUCUCACCGGAAGCCAGAGGGGGCCCCUGGUGUCAAUUUAACUGCUAAAAAUAAGAAAGAGGAGCAGCUGAACAUCCUGUUCUCAACUUAG